AUGGAGGAGGGAGCCCAGCUGGGUGACACGAGCAGCUCCUCCAAACACUUUGUUCGUACUGGGGGGGGGGGGGAAUCGUUACUCCCCGGGAAGCUCCGGCUCUGCGCGCUCUCCUCGGCCGGGGACAAAGCCGAGUGGCUGUCCCGUCCCUCCCCGGCUCACUGCAGCAUUUUCGGGCGGUUCCAACGCGAGGGCGAGCCUAAGCGCGACCGCGAUCAACAGCCGGAUCGAGUUGCAGAGCGGGGCGAACUCGGAGGAGACUCGCCCAGGGCUUCCCCCACCCCCCCGCCCCCUUCCAUCGCGCUGCGCUCAUUUUUGCGUGAUGCGAAUCCUCUCCUUCGCUGUGCCCCAGGGGGCGGGGGGGACACCCGCAUCUUGCGACCCCAAAUGCCGCGCUCGCCCCGAUCUGUGGCAGCCGGGGGGAGUCCGCGGAGAGAGAGAUGGGCUGGGCCGGGGGCUGCGCGCAGCGGUGCUGGGGCAGCGGGGCCGGGCGCCAUCUUGGUUAGCGCCGAGGCGGCGGGAGAGGGUGGGACACGGCGCUGCUCGGCGUCAGGCCACGGGCGGACAGGCCCCAGGCCCAGACCUCGGGUUUGGGCGCCUGGCGGCACGGAAGCGGCCACACUCUGGCCUCGAGGGGGAAAGUUUUGUCUCAGGCCUACCCGCAGAGAGGGGCUGGUGGCGACCCAGAGCACGGAACACUAGGCACACUAGGCUCGGGGUUGAGGUGCUUCCCCCCGUUCUACACCAAAACAACAGCGUCUCAAGCUGCUUCAUCGUUACAUAAAACGGGAAGAAAAAAAAAAAAAAGAAAAAAAAGUUAUAAAUUGUGAUGGAGGACAUUCCACAACGUAGAACUUAAGAGGGCACGUUCAUCCCAGCUCUCACCGAGAACUAGCACAGCACCGAGGGCUGCACCCCUCCACCUGUGCCAGGCCCACACCCCGGGCAGCCCCCUGCGAGCUGCACACACACACUCAGGAAGGACAUGGCUCUUACAGAUGGCACUUCUCUUUAUUGAUUGCUCGCUGUGAAACAACAUCGAUCCGUAUUUCUGCUUUUUUUUUUUUUUCUUUUUCCCCAAACAUUACAAAAAAUAUGGAAUUGG